CCAGUAUGUGUGAGCCAGUAAGGCAGGCUAGAGCUGUUUUUAUUUUCUGUGGAGAAAAGAGGGAGGCACAGAGACUUCAUACACAUGAAUAGCAUCUUUUUCAGAAGACUCUGAAGGAGGGAAUUUACUGCGUACCCACUGCUGCAGUGUAGCGGAUGGGAAGGAGCGCUUGAGAGGGGAGUUAACAGGUGAUUUUAGGGAUGUUAUUGGAGUCCAUCCUAACUCUCUCUCAGAUAUGAACGGCAACAAACUUCCAGAGCAAACAAGAUGACCAGUGUGAUUAAUCAAUUGCAGAAAACAGGUGCUGUGCUGUAGGACCGAUCUGCAGGCUGUUUUUGGCUGGUCAUGUCUCAGUCAGGUAAAAUCCUCCACUUGUACGUAGAGGUGAGAUCUGUCACUGAUGAGGAAGGAAAAGACCUGGGAGAUGUGUCGAAAACAGACAACCUCAUGUUGACACCACCAGACAUCCUUCAGUCGUCGCAGUGUGGUGGCCCUAAUGCACCACAUGACCGGACAUCCCCACGUGGGGUCCUGCAUAAAGGUGGAAGCAGCACCCAGAGCUUGGCCUCCAAUAAAUCAACCUCUAGACACUCCGUAAGUUUUCAGCUACAUCCAGGACAUGACUCGGUGACCCAACACCAGAAAGGUCUACCUUAUGAUGAGAUAAACCAGUUACUGUCUGCCCUUCAAACAGAUCCCACUGGAAAAGCGUGUCACUUGGUGUGUGCUCCUUCUGAACGUGACCCCUACUUUGGGAGGGACCCUCACUUCUCAGGACGGUUUACUGCCCCUCCUACUCCCAGUGGAACUCGUAAAGCUUGCAGCCCAACUAAGAUCAAAGCAGGAGAUGAAGGGAGGCGAUCUGUUGCCACUUUCAGUUACAUUGAAAAAGCUAAAGUUAAAUCCGUAGAGGGUAAGUAUGGCUCUUCAUGCCAAAGCGAGCCUCAGAAUCCAUUCAACAGAGCCAUGGAGGAAAGAGCUACCCCUCUUCACCUUAGAAAAAGGCUUAGUGACCCAGUGUGGUUCAACAGCUUGGAGACCAUGAACAACUGUAGUUCAAAACAGCUUAGUCAAGGUUUGGGGAACUCACAUAUGGGUACACCCAGCUUUCGGAGGGCAACUCUAGACUCCAUUGCCAGAGAAGCCACCCAUCGAGCAUUGGAGGAAUUUGGUUCCCCUCAACUAAGGCAAAAACUGGCAGGCAACUUUCCUGAUAGAGGUCAUGACGUCAGGAGAGAAGAGCAGCGUCGCUGUCGGUCUUGGUCUGGAUCACCGGUGAUACCAUGCAGUUCUAGAACUCUGCCCACUAAAGCAACAAUAGUGGACCAUGAGCGGAAUAAUUUGUUUUACAGAAUUCCUAGGAGCCCUGCUACAGAUCAACUGUCUAACCAUGCCAAGCAAGCCUACUUUACCAUGUCACACUCAGCCACUAAUACUCAGGAGGUCUCAAACCAGAGAGUGCAAGGGUGUAAGUAUCGCCCAAAUUUACCAUCCUGCAAGCCUACAGCUAUUCAACAUGAACUACCGGCUAAGAUUAUAAUUCAACCAUCAGGCAAUCAACAAAUCAGUCAUUCCAUAAGUGAUAGUCCACGGCAAGCCCACAGAGUUAAUUUCAACUUGGCCAACUCCAAAAAUAAGGCAGAAGAAGUGAGUGGAAGGGGGAGCGUAUCCCCAGCCACAAGUCCCGAGAUGGCUCGUAAACUAGCAGAGGAAGCCUCCAAACUUUCCAUUCUUAUGGAAGCCAGGAGGUCUCCAUCCCCAACACCAUCAUCGACAGAGACAGUAAGGUCUGACAGUCCCCAGUUGGGACAUUCAAGAGAGCCUCAGCUCUAUGUUAGUUUCCAGGGCCCUGGAGCACAAACUCACUCUAAUUGCAACCUUCCUGUUCAGGAGUCUAUCAAGACUGGUCACCACUCUAUUCAAGCAACCUCUUUUUUGCCCCACAUUGGAAGCACAUCUCCAGCAGCUCCAGCGAGGUUGAACCGUUCAGAUGUAAUAUCGUCCUCUCCCAUACGAGACCCACAGAUUGAGAGAACACAGCUGGCAGGGAAAGACAGCCCGACUUUGCAUCGGCACCUGCCUUCCCAGUACACAAGAGACAAUCAUAGCUAUGAGCGUAGGCAGUAUGAGACACUCAGAGGUCACAAAGACAGUCCAGGUAGCAGCAGAAGAACUUUCACAAGGCCUAACCUAGAGAGACAAAGCUGGACUGUUCAGCAUGGAAUAGAGGAGUGCUUAGCCAGAGAAAAGGGAAAGUUGGGGGAGGUGGAAAGUCUUAAGAGGAAUAGUCCAACAACACCACUCUCUCAAGAAAACCAUUGUAAGCUCUCAGUGCAGAAAAAUGAGAUGAAAGCUGAUACUAGGACUAACAAGGACUGGAGUGGUACAGCAUCACAAAGCUCCAGUGGGGUCACAGGCAGCCUUAUAGAGAGCACUGCACAUGAGAAAGACUGCAUAUCCUCAGAGACAUCCAGCAGAACCAGCCAGAAGAGUCCUGACUCGGGAAACACAGGCAUACAGUCUGAAAGUGGACCAUUUUUGUCGAGGCCUUCCUUGCACUCUCAGAAAAUCGCCCGUGCCAAAUGGGAGUUCCUGUUUGGCUCCCACUCUGAUCAGCAAGAUCAACAUGAAACAAAAGGCUCCUCCACUGCACCCUCCAGUGGUUGUUCCAGUGACUCUCCGACACCCAUUCCGCCGCUGUCCACCCCUCCAAGGCCUAUAACAACACAUUCAAGACACUGUAAAUCAACCGGCUCUUCAAAAUCCCCAUGCCACAAUAUACAGCAAGUCGAUGUGGAGUUGAUAAACCAUCAUCCCACAGUUGGGUCCUCUAAUAAGACCGGCAUCAUCAGACGUAAUGUCAAAUAUUCAGAGACAGACAUAGAUGCGGUGCCCCUGCGCUGUUACAGAGAAACAGACCUUGAUGAGGUGAUGCUGGCAGAACAGGAGGAGGUGGACUCUGCUUUUGGCAGUAACCGCAGUGUGCUGGGCACCUCAGGCACUAACAGCAGCAGCCCCCUGGAAGGAGUGCAGUGCCCACUCACAGAUGGUGAGGAGGAGUUGGAAGAUGAAGAGGUGGUGAGCUGGGCCAGUGUGAGGAUGCAAGGCGACAAAAAGAGGCAAAAUGCCACACCUGAGGGAGAUGAAGUGUUUAGUCGACUACUGAGAGGUCCACUAGAUUGCCAGCCUGACAGCCACACGGCUUUGAAGUCUCCCAUCUCUGUGACCAGCCCCUGCCGAGUCUCAUCAGAUGGAUUGGACUCCUUCAGCAGACACUUUGAGAGCAUUAUGGAGUCACACCGUGCCAAGGGCACCUCUUAUAGCAGCCUGGAUAGUGAAGACAUCACCCCUAGCGGCCCACCUGUCUUCACUUUUGACUUUCCGACUCUCACUCCUGAGAUCCAGAGUCAGAUCAGUGAAAGUGCCAAGCAGAUCAUCGAACUGAACUUCGCUCCUCUAACGUGCUCCGAACCACCUGCUGUGUCUGAUCCCACAGAGUGUGUGGCCUCCCAGGACGUGCACAGGGAGGACCAAAGCAGUGUCUAUGAAGAAGAGAGUGCAUUCUGCAGUGGAUCCUGCUCUGAUGAAGCCCACAGGCCUGAUUCUGACACAGAUGCUGCUAUAAGAGAGAGGCCAUCAAGGCCGGUGUCUGAGUCCGAUCCGGAGGUGGCUGAGCGAUUGGCUUUGGGCAACAAUGAAACUCUGGCCAAUGGAAACAAAGCUGACCUCCAAGCUGCAAAACGCCUGGCCAAACGUUUGUAUAGCCUUGAUGGAUUUAAGAAGUCAGACGUGGCACGUCACCUGAGCAAGAACAAUGAUUUCAGUCACAUGGUGGCGGAGGAGUAUCUCAGUUAUUUUAAUUUCUCAGGGAUGAUGGUGGAUCAGGCGUUAAGAGUGUUUUUAAGAGAGUUUGCCCUAAUGGGAGAGACACAAGAGAGGGAGCGAGUAUUGUCCCAUUUCUCUAAAAGAUACCUCCAGUGCAACCCGAACACUAUACUAAAUGAAGACAGUGUUCACACGCUGACUUGUGCCCUGAUGCUGCUCAACACUGAUCUGCAUGGUCAUAACGUUGGGAAGAGGAUGUCCUGCAUGCAGUUUGUUAGUAACCUGGAGGGGCUAAAUGAUGGCCAGAACUUCCCAAAAGAUCUUCUUAAGGCUCUCUACAACUCCAUCAAAAAUGAAAAGCUGCAGUGGACAAUCGAUGAGGAGGAACUGCGGAAGUCUUUCUCGGAGCUGGACGGCAGGAAAGACUCCACAUCGCACACUAUGAAGCGAAUCAGCAGUGGUGGAAACCCCCUCGUCAGUGUUGCACAACAGUCCAGCGCUCAGGUCUACAAGAACGGCUUUCUCGUGCGGAAAGUUCACGCUGAUCCUGAUGGCAAGAAAACUCCACGAGGUAAAAGAGGAUGGAAGACAUUUUAUGCCAUACUAAAAGGACUGAUUCUUUACCUUCAAAAGGAUGAAUAUCGUCCAGAUAAGCAGCUGUCUGAAGAGGACUUAAAGAAUGCGGUAUCAAUCCAUCAUUCAUUAGCCAUGCGGGCAGCAGACUAUAGCAAGCGACCCAACGUCUUUUACCUUCGCACUGCUGACUGGAGGGUCUUUCUUUUCCAGGCCCCCAACGCAGAGCAAAUGCAGUCCUGGAUAACCCGCAUCAACACGGUGGCAGCCAUGUUCUCUGCCCCUCCCUUCCCAGCAGCCAUUGGCUCUCAAAAGAAGUUCAGCCGCCCUCUUCUGCCAGGCUCAAACACCAAACUCCCACAGGAGGAGCAGCUCAAGUCUCACGAGACACGGUUUCGAGCCGUAUCUGCUGAGCUCCAGGAACUGCGCUCUACACCCCAAGACCGCAAGACCAAAAGCAGGGACCAAGAAGAGUACAAGCAAAGAGAAGAGUAUCUGGACUUUGAGAAAACACGCUACGGAACAUAUGCAAUGCUGCUGAGAGCUAAGAUCCGCAUAGGGGAAACGGACCUGGAGGCAUUUGAGGCCCAUUUGUUUGACGACGGCGGCCUGCAGAGAGCCCACUCCAGCCCCACGUUACCCCAAGACAACAGCCAUGCCAGCAGCACCAAAGAGUCAAGCAGGAGCAGCAGCGCUGCACAAAGCAGCGGCAGCAGCAAGAGGACCAAACGCUCAGACGGUCAGAGACACAGCUACAGACAGGCUGUCAAACAGUGAGAGAAUCCAAGCGGAAGGAGUUGUUUAUCUCCAUUCAGGGGCUGAAUAUAGAGCGUUACUGCAGUUUACUUUGAUGGCUGCUCUCAAGUCAUCAUGAUGAUGAAACUGUGGUUGGGGUUGCUGUGCCCCACAUGGCCGCUGGUAAGGCAUGCUUUUCUGGCCAGUAACCGCAAGCCCAAAUCUGCCAGUGGGCAGAUGAGAAGGAGCACCAGCCUCACGUUGUCUUAUUCUGUCAGUCUGUGUUUCACCACAAAACCUGUUCGGUUUAUCUGUGUAUUAUGCUUGUUGGUUGUCGGUUUUAAACACUCGUGGCUUUUCAUUUGAACAAGCUGAAGUGCAAACUUCAUUUGGUGGUCCUGAGAGUGAGAAGCGAGGCUCUUUAUUGUGUGAACACGAGUUGUUCACUUUAUAUAUUUGAAGCAUUGUAGAUUUUGCUUUUUAGACUAUCAUUUCAUCAUUUGAGGAUGAUCAAGCGCUAUGGGAAGUUCGAGAACUUAGCCUGUAUAGUCCUUUAAACCUUCUUAAAGCACGUCUCAAAGCAUGCCUAAGAUGUUUGAAGACAAUCAGUUCCUCAUUUGGUAUAAUUACUAAGAAUAUGAAUGCAUUAUUUUUCGUCAUACCAUGACAAUGGACUACACUGUAAAAACAAUUUAUUGAAUCAACUUAAAAUAGUUUGUUACCCAGCUGCCUUUAAAUUUUUAAGUUCAGGCAACUCAAGAAAGUUAAGUCAACUAGAAGUUGUACUAAGUGACAACUUGUAUAUUUGAGUCGAUUCAAUUUAAAAGGCUGGAUAACAAGCCCAGCUUUUAAGUUUAACAAACCAAAUUUUUAGUUUAGUCAACUCAAAUAUCUAAGUUGUGACUUAGUACAACUUAACACUUCAACUAAUUUGAGUUGACUGAACUUAAUAUUUUAAGGCAGCAGGGUAACAAAUUAUUUUAAGCUGACUCGACUAAUUGUUUUUUUAAAGCGUAGUGAAAAUGAAUAGCACACACCUUGUGAAAAAUAGGUGCAUUUGUAGUGCACUUCAAGUCUAAGAAGUAUAUUUUUAAAAACUGUACUUGAGGAAAAUAUAAUAUUAAUGAAUUUAAGGCCGCUUGUGUGUACCUAGAGUACUCUUGACUGUUUCAUAACACUUUGUAAUGAUGUCAGAUUUAAAUUUACCUUGAAGUACAUUUUAAAUCAUUACAUUUUAAAGUAGCACACUAAUUUUGAUGUGGUGAGUAACAUUAAAGCACAUGUAAUGUACUUAAUAGGAAUUUUAGCAGUGGUGUUUUAUUUGAUAUAACAUUUAAGAUAAUUAUAUUCAUUAUAAAUGUACAAAAUUGCAACUUUAUUACAAAUGCGUAAGUACAAAAAUGUUUAAAAAAUGACAUACCGUACAACUUUAAUUUAAAUAUUUGACAUACUGUACAAGUUUAAAUAGAAAUUACGUUAAAGUAUAUUUUAGUUUACUAUAAAUGCUUGUCAGUACAUUUUACCAUAUUUUAAAGGAUAAAAAUUUACUGAUAAUUUAGCUACUCAACCCCAUAUCAUCCAAGAUGUUCAUGUCUUUCUUUCCUUAGCCAAAAAGAAAUUAAGGUUUUUGAGGAAAACAUUCCAGGAUUUUUGUCCAUAAAGUGGAUAGGGUAGGGCGAAAAACUCCAUCUCAUUUUAUCCUCCAACUUCAAAAUCAUCCGACGUUGUUUUACUUCAAGGCAAAUGAAGUAAUUCUGAAAUUACAGAUAAAGAUAUACUUCAUUAUGUUAAUAAUUAACUCUUAAAUGCAACCAGUUACAUUUAAUAUUGCAUUUAAACUACAUUUUCAGUGUUCAGCAAGUACUCUUUUUGAAAAGUAUGCUGAUGUGCACUUAUUUUUCACAAGGGAUUUCGUGCUGUCAUCAUUUCAACAGGAAUGUCUGAAUGACUUUACUCAGUGCACAAUGACACAGUGACCAAUUACCAUGUGAAACGGAUGUUAAAAUUCGUCACACUAAUCAACCCCAUUGUAUUAUGUAGUGUAAUGUGUAUUUAAACAACGUAUUGAGCUUGAGAAUGACGUGAUGCAAAAUCUGUGUUAAACCCCUUAUGGCCGAGCCAUUGAAUUCUCAGGCAGUCAUUUUCAAAUUUAUGAUCCAUUCAGUGCUGUGGUAAAACAGGAGGCAUGCACUAAAAAGCUGGUUUGUUCAGAGUAACCACAUCUAAUACCUCAAUUGCACUGAGAGACCUGCUCAAGGGAGUGUCGUUUUGGUCGGAAGUAAUUCUACCUGUUUACAAACUGGUGUGUUCUUAUGUUCAAAUGAGUUCAUGUGAAGUAUUGCUUUAUAAGAGAGUGAAGGUAAGCUUCUAUGCUGCUUAUCAUAACCUCA